AUGGCAUCCAAGCCGGAGGGCAGCAUGCUCUGGGAAGGCCGCUUCACCGGCGGCCUAAACCCAUCGAUGGACAUUCUGGGCAGCAUCGCUUUCGCUUGCGCCAACGAAAUAUCCGGCAUCAUCACCCAGGACGAGUUCGCCCAGAUCAAGCAAUGCCUUUGCGAGGUACAGAAGGAACGGCAGACAGACACGUUCGAAAUCACCCCCACCAUCGACGAGGACAUCCACACCGUCAACGAGCCGCAUGAGUUCGGCUUUGUCUCUCUGGCCGACGCCGACUCUACAGGCAGCUCCCUCAUGCCGCAAAAGAAGAACCCCGACAGCCUCGAGGCAAGGGGCGUUCCUUUCCGCGAGACACACCACAUCUCGGGCCGCUGCGUCGCCAAGUCGGAGGAGACGGAGAUACUGAUGAACGAGUUCGCGUUUGAGCAGAUGAGGGAGAUUGACGAGUGA